CUAGAAGAGCAGAAAAAAUCGAGGAGAUCGAAAAGAUCGAGAAGAUCCAAGAAGUCCAGAAGUAGAAAGAAUAGAAGAAGCAGCCAAAGCAAAAGAUCUAGCCGCAGGAGUAGAUCGCAGCGUUCAUCGAGAAGUAAACGGUCGCCAAAAUCGGAAAGAUCCGGAUCAAAAAGCAGACGCUCGAAAAGAAGCAGUAAAUCGUCAAAAAGACGUCACAGAUCUAGCUCAGAAAGACGUCGCAGCAGGCAUGAAAGUAGAAGCAAAAGCAAGAGGAGCCAAAAAUCAGAACGUAGUAAUGGAAAUGGUGAAAGUAGGAAAAAACGCGCGAAGGAGGGCGAAGAAUCGGGGAGCGACAGAAGCGAGAAGAGGCGUGGGAAGAAAACGAGGGACGAGUAAAAUUCUUUGACAAAGC